AUGACUAGGAAAAUAGGCCUAUGGAUUGACCUAACAAACACUUCAAGAUUUUACAAUGAGGCUGAGAUUAAGCAAGAGGGAGCCCGCUACCUGAAAAUCAACUGCCGAGGGCAUGGGGAGUGUCCCAGUGUAGACCAAGUCAACACUUUUGUCGACAUUUGUGACAGGUUCAUCAGGAAAAACCCCUUAGAGAUAAUAGCUGUUCACUGCACACAUGGUUUCAACAGAACAGGUUUUCUGAUAAGCUCUUACUUUAUUAUGAAAAAUGACUGGGCUAUCGACUAUGCAAUCAGCGCAUUUGCAAAAGCCAGACAUCCAGGCAUAUACAAAGCAGACUACCUGUGUGAACUUUAUUCUCGAUCAGGUGAUGACCCUAAUGAUGCCCCACCUGCCCCAGAAUUGCCGGACUGGUGCCAUGAAGACAGUUUUGUAGAUGAUGAUGAUGAAAGCAUAGGGGGGGGAGGCGGUGGAGGAGGUGGAAGAGGGAAGAAGAGAGAAAAAAACAAGAAAAACCCCACCUUCAUGGAGGGAGUUUCUGGUGUUUAUCCUAUCACAGUUCAGCCAAAGCUGUCUGAAAUACAGAGGCGGAUACAGCAGUUAUGUAAUUGGAAUGGAACUGGGUUCCCCGGAUGUCAGCCAGUCAGCAUGGACCAAGAAAACCUUGGUUUCUUGCGAGACAAGCCCUAUAAAGUGUCUUGGAAGGCGGACGGGACGAGAUACAUGAUGCUCAUAAAUGGGAGGAAGGAAGUCUAUUUGGCAGAUCGUGACAAUAGCAUCUUCCAGGCGCCCGAAGUGGAGUUCCGACAGAAAUUUGACCUGAUGGUACACAUGUCGGAUACACUAGUUGAUGGGGAGAUGGUCAUAGACACAAAUCCCAAGACAGGCGAAAAAACUCCACGAUAUCUCAUCUACGAUGCUGUCCAAAUUCAGGGUCGGGACAUCAUAAACGACACUUUCCAAAUGAGAUAUGAACGGAUUAUGACGGAUAUCAUCUGCCCGAGAAAUGCUGCCAUAGAAAAGGGCCUCCUAAACAAACAGAAGGAACCCUUCAGCGUGCGGAGAAAGGAUUUCUGGGAUGCCAACGAGCACUAUACCCAGAAGCUCCUGAGCGAAUCAUUCCAGUCCAAGCUGUGCCACGAACCCGAUGGUUUGGUAUUCCAGCCCGAGUGUGAUCCCUACGUACCUGGAAGGUGUGAUCUAGUCCUGAAAUGGAAACCUCCAAGCCACAAUUCUGUUGAUUUUAAGUUAAAAAUUGUCAAGAAAGGUGGUGUAGGAUUAUUGCCAACAACAGAAGGAGACCUGUAUGUAGGGGGGCUGGACGCUCCCUUCUCAACAAUAAAGCCGACCAAGGGGUUGAAGGAGUACAACAACAAGAUCAUUGAAUGUAAAUAUGAAAAUAACAAGUGGGUCUUCAUGAGAGAGAGGACUGACAAAUCGUUCCCCAAUAGCUACACUACUGCCAUGGCUGUUUGCAACAGUAUUAGCAACCCAGUUACCGAGGCUGACCUACUCAAAUUCAUCCAUGCUCAAGGGUACAAGAAGGCCGACAAGGAGUUGAUGCCGCCUCCGCCUGCUAAGAGGCCAAGAAUGCAAUAAACAUAAAAGGGGAUGAACCAUGAUGCAGUAGGAAUAUGAAUAAAGAGAAUAUGGAGGAAAAGAGAAAAUGAAUAUGGUUAAACAUUUGGACUAAACAUUUUUUUUAGUUUCCAGGUAGAAAGUAAAAAUCAAAAAUAGUAAUGGAAUGAUUCAUGUCUUCCCCCAGCAGAUAUUAUGGAAUUUUGUUAUUCAUGAAUUUCAAUCAUUUUAAAUGAAAGAAAUUAAUUUACAAGGAGGAUGAAUAUGUGUCUUUUUCAUAAAUGAUGUGUACUUUCUCUUAUUCAUUUAUAAAAUGAAACAAAUUUUCUC